CUCUCUCUCUCUCUGUUGGACCUCUCCCGCCAUCAUUCCACAAGGGCCCUUUUUGUGUGGAGGAUCAUCAGACUCAUGGUUUAGAGCGACGGAUCGCAGGCCAGUGUUCAGGAGGAGGACAGAAAAUACUACACAACCCUGUUUGUUGACUAGGCAAGUGGGCACAGGAACCAUGGAAAACGGCAAGUCAGAUGGUAAAUUCUGCUUCUAUAACCAAGAUGUCACCUACGCUACAGAACAAGACCAGGAAAUGGAGGAGGCCAACCUGGAGAUUGCUCAGCUGCAGGCCUUGGUGGUGGAGCUGCGUACGGGGCUGCAGGGAGUGUUACAGGACGUGUCUGUGCUGCAGCAGAGGGGCAGAGGUCUGGAGGAGAGGGCUCAGGGCCAGCAGAGCGAAGUGGAUGACAGGAUCAUGGGAAUCAGGAACUCCCUCAACACAUUUAAGGAGGACCUGAGCGGUGCUUUAUCCCAGAUCAAAGAGGUUACCAGCAGACAGAAAGAGCUACAGAAAGGCCUGGAGCUCCUCCAAUCAGAGAACGGCAGAGAGAUCCUGUCCGUUCAACAGAGGAAAAGCUCCAAAGGGGACUGCAUUGGGGAGGGCCAUGGGUGUCUCUCCAACCAGACAGAGCUCAAUGUCAUCCAGCAUUACUUUGCCAGCCUGCCCAGCUGCUCUCCACAGAUGAGCACAGCCUCCACACAGACCUCUAACUCAGAGCAGGACGCAGCCAGUGGCCAUCCCCAGAGAGCUCAGUCUCAGUCUCCAGUGUGGAGAGAAAGGAAAGAGAGCCGAGACGAUACGGAUGCACAGAGCGUCCCAGAGAACGGUAAGAGGCAGGUUGCUGCCCUGGAGCUGUUGGAGUCAGAAAGGGUCUAUGUGUCAUACCUGUCUCUGCUGCUGAAAGCCAACAUCACCUUCAACAGCUCAGAGGCCCUCCACACCAAAGACAAACGGCCGUUCCCCAGUUCUCUACGCUUCCUCAUCCAGCAACACCUGGAGCUUCUCCACACCCUGCAGGAGAGGGUCCUCAAGUGCCAGUGGCAGGGCAUCAUGGGAGAUGUAUUCAUGAGGCUCACCAGCAAAGAGAGUGAUUUCCUGGAUUUCUACGUGUCGUAUCUUAAGGAGCUGCCUGAAUGUCUGUCUGUGGUCAGCAUGUUGACCACCACCUCACUAAAAGCUGCCGGCCUGUUUGAGGGUGACAUCAUGGGGGACGAGACACACCCCUCUCUCCACACUCUGCUCCUCCAGCCAGUACAGAGAAUCCCUGAGUACCUUCUGCUGCUGCAGACCCUGUUGAAGCAGACGGAUGCAGAGCACCCUGACUACUACCUGCUGCUGCUGUGCAUCCAGCAGUUCAGUGCCUUCACUGCCCAGUACGCCCACCUACUGCAGCACAACCAAGAGCUGCUCCUGCACAACCGCAAGGAGCUCAAGAGGUCAGCAUCUGAUCCAGGCUCAGAUUUGGUGUUUUGGUCAACUAUGAAGCAGUUCUUCAAAAACGUGGACUGUGGUAACGUUAUGCAAGCCAAUGAGAUGGGUUCUCCUUACCCCAGCAGCAAUGCAAUACUCCUCCCCCUCUCCCCUCACAGAGAGCAUGCCAACCAGGUGAAACGCAGCAAGCAGAGGCUCCUGGAGCAGAUCCAGUCUAGACGCUUUCAGGACUGGGAGAGCGAGGCCCACCACUCUGACUCUGCCAUCCCGUUUUUCUCCCCUGACACCGACCCUCGCCUCAAACCCCCAUGCCUGCAGAGCAUUCCUGAGAUCGGGUCAUCAGAGCGGCUGCCCGGCAAACGGCUGCCCCCAGGCUCAGCCAUGGCCGAUGCCCUGGGGGAGUUCCUUCUCCCUGGGGAUGCCCCGGGCUUGGAGGGGCUGUAUGAGGACACAAACUCAUCUCUUCACAACAUGUCCAUGUUUGACCAAUGCUCCAGCGCUUCCUCUGACUCUAGCAUCGACAUUGCCUUUGUGCGCUACCCCAAGAGCCAUCAGGCCGUCCGUGAGGUCUACAACAGGGGCAGCCGUGAGAGUGGGUACAAGCAGCUGCCUGGUCGGGGGUGCGUGUCUCCAGACGAGGCCGGAAUGAUGCGAGUUCACCACCACCGCCCCCUGCAGGCCGAUCAGCGUAAGAGCAAGUCCCUGAACGGGUUGCAGCUAGACAGCACUGUGAGUGGGGAUAGUGGCCCCGGACAUCUCUCUGACCACCUAAGGGGCCACGGGGCUCACCAACACACCAAGCUGGAGAGGCAGUCCAGUAAUAAAUAUCACCCACGCAGCAGCAAGAGCCAGAGCAGCAACAACAGCCCCAUCAGCCCCCCGCAGCAAAAGGCAGAGCCAGAGAGACAGAUAGGAGUCACUGAAGAGGAGCUACAUAACCACCACAACAAGGACUCUGGGAGCCUACCCUGGGGGGAGGAGCCAAGAUGGAAGGCUGAGGGGAAUAACCACACCCCCUUCAGUGAGAGGAGCCGGAAACAGGAGAAGGGAGGAUUCAGGAGCUCCUUCAAGAAGCUCUUCAAGAAAAAGUCGGGGGGAGGAGAGAAAGACAAGGACAAAGAGAAGCCAGAAAGCCAGAACUCCAGUGAGGCAGGCAAUACCCCAGGAGUCGCCCACCUAGGCAUCGACCGUGGGACUGCUGUGUGAAGUGUGACUAGAACCGCACUACAAAUUAAGUGGUCUGAGAAAGGCUUCAAAUAGGUGCCUUGAUAACGCACACACACUUAAGCAAAAUGAUAGGCUAUAUAGACACACAUACACUGCAAUGCAAUAUGAAACAUGCUGGAAGAGCAGAUCAGACUGACAUACUUCUUUCCUAUAUAGCUACUGUAAAAAUACUGUAUAGGUUAAGUAUUUGUUUUUGAAUUAGUACUAGUUUUUCCAUUUUAGAGGUCUCCUCAAUAUCCAUGGAGAUAAUAUAUUUUGUAUAAUACUGUAUACUCAUGAACUGCAAUAAUGUAGGUAAAGAUCUAUAAUUUGCCAUCAAGAUGAUUGGAAUAAAUAUCUCCCCCUCAAACCAAAAUAAAAUGUUGAUUUUUAA